AUGGUUUGGGGGGUUCAGUCUGUUGCUGCUGCUGCUGCGGCAGCAGCAGCAGCAGCAGCGAUGCUGCUGCCAUCCCCCAUUGUAUCGGUGCACCUGACAGGCCAGCGUGCUUCGCGGGGAUUUUCUCACUUUGAAAUUCCUACAGUGGAGGCAGACAUGGGAGUGUCCUUGCUGCAGCAGAAGCAGCACGUGCUGCAGCAAAGGCUGCCCAUGGUGCUGCAGCAGAACAAGGUUAACGCAGCAGCAGGUCAUGCCCCCUUUUUUUACCCUUCCUUUGCGCAGCAGCAACCGGAUGCAGCAGACCCUGCAACAAACUCACCAGACGCAGCAGCAGCUGCUGCUGCUGAAGAAGAAGAAGCCCGAUUUUCGCAUCGCGAAACCGAGGCUCCUGCUGCAACUCCCGAAGCAGCACCUGCAUCAGCAGAAUCAUCACCUGCAUCAGCAGAAGCAGCACCUGCAGCAGCAGCAGCAGCAGCAGCAGCAGCAGCGCCUGCAGCAGGAGAAGCAGAAAGAGGAGCAUCACGAGCUAAACAUGUUACAUCUGUAGGGCAUCCUUUACCUCCUCAUCUAGAAGCAUUAGAGGGGAGAAUGCAGAAAAGUUUAAAAGAAUUAAAAACACAUUUAAAAGAAGAAACAACAGGGUCUCUACCUGAAUAUGGAGAAGCAGGACCUCUUCCUAUGUUAUGUGGGACUUGGCAGACUUUACCGGAGUCCCCUGCAUUCGAGGGUGUAGCCGCUGGCAGUAUUUAUAGCGACGCGGACAGUUCUUUAAACCCCGCUGUUGCUUCAUCCCCAGCAGCAGCAGCAGUAGCAGCAGGAAAAACAGCAACAUAUGAAACAUGCCAAUGGUUACCGCAGCAGCAGCAACACGUUGUGGAGGUUCGUACCUUUCAUGUCAACCCUCCUACGGUGUCUAUACACCGCAAAGAGUUCGACUCCAAAACAGGAUGUCCCCCAGAAGCCCUACGUAGAGAGUGGAGUCUAAAGGGGACAUGGAAAGUUGUAUCAGAAAGAGACAACCCAGCAAUUAAGACGCGUCAUGUUUCCAUCAACAUAGACUGGGAUAGCGCUGUGGUAACGGAGCAUCCUCCUUCUUCUUCUUCUUCAGCGCAGCAGCAGCAACACCAACAACAGCAGCAACAGCAGGAAGAGCCGCAGCAGCAGGAAGGUGUCAGUACAGCAUGCGCAUCAGAUGGAGCUUGUGCACAUGGGAACGUAUCCGUGAGGCUUGUUUCGAGCCCCCUUUCCUUGAGGUAG